AUGCAGCCUUUGGUUUCUGCCAUUCUGGACAGCCAGCUGUGCCCGCACCUCCUGGACAAUGCAGAUGUGGCCCUGGUGUGUGCCCGUGUCCUGGCCCAGCAGGAGCAGCAACAGGCAGCCUGCCGGCUUCUGGAGGGUUGUCGGGUGCCAGGAGGCAGCCGUGAGCUGGCGCAGCUCUGGAACGACAUUCACUACGACCUGGCCAGGAGGAAGCUGGGUGUAGCUGCGCUGACCCCGGUGCAGAAGUUCCACUGCAGGAAGAGGAAUCCCCCACCCGCAGGCCUCUGCCCGGAUGGCCUCAAGAGUCGGAACUUCCCCAGAGAGGUCCGCAGGAGGCUUCAAGACUUUGCCUUGGCCGUGAGCAUUAACCCCAGCAAGGCUCAGCGGGAGAGUUUGGCUUUGGAGACAAGCUUGACUGCAGAGCAGGUCUACAACUGGUUUGCUAAUUACCGGCGGUGCCAGCAGUCCCUGCUCCAGCAUGUGCAGCCAGCCCAGCGGGUGGUGGCCGAAGACCCCAGUACAAAGGAGAGACGUCUGGACCGCUGGUGUCAUUGGUCCGGUACUGUUGUCCUCACGUGCUAUGGGGCCAUCUCACCUGUUCGUUCGCCUUCUCAGCUGAAGAAUGCUGUCUGA